ACCUAGGUAAGUGGAUGGAAGACUUUCUCCCGCGAAUUGUGUUCGUAUUUCCACUUAUUUAUUCAUAUUCUGGUGGUAGACAAUCCUCGGAAUAUUGACGGGUGCCCUCACGAGCUAUCUGGGAAUAUUUGAAGCCCAUAACGCUGCUUUUUGCUCGUUCACCUGAAGACCCUUUAGCAGUGAUGGCAGCCAUGAAGUGGUGUCAGGUAGCUUGUAUUGCAGUGCUUUUUGCGGCAGCUCAUGUCACUUGUUCACCCAUGAGAAUGAUGGAAGAGGGUAUGGACAAUGAGAUAUCCAUCCGGUUUGAUUCAGUCACUCUAGAGCAGUGGGAGAUGGCACAAGCGGACACAAACAUAAUUGCGAAUGAUGAGUUUCCUAAGAUCAUUGCAGAGAGUGCUACAUCCUACUGCCAAGGUUCAAUGGGUUCUGAAUCCCUAUGCAAGAUCGGUACUAGUGGUACAGCAAGUAAUGCCUUCACUGAGAGUGAUGUUAUGAUUCAGACUGGUUAUCCUAAGAAUGAGAACUUAGACGUGCAAGUUGUGUUCUACCUCUCCAUUGUCGAUCAACCCAAACCAGAAGAUGAGAAUCAGUAUGCACUCCAGAGAAGUGUUCUUGAAGCAAUCUUGAAAGAGAGCCAGAGCAAUAUUUCCAGUGCCGUUGGAUACGAAGUGGUGUUCAUCGGGGAUGAGCGUGUUGGUUCACCCCUGGAUGGAACCAUGAAUAUGGUCAUGAUACCUCUGACCAUUGCUGUGCUGGUUUUCCUCAUCCUCAUUACGUGCUGCCUCAACUGCAGAGAGAAUAGGAAUGACAAAGCCGCAGGAUUCGCAUCAGGUAAAAAGCGUGCUGAGAUACCGGUUGAAGAUGCUCACGGUGAGGGAGUAGUGCUGACCGCACUGAACAAGGGAUCCUCCGGAGCUGCUUCACCCGUUGAAGUAGAUGAUGGGCUUGAAGGUAAACUGUGAUUACCUGGUAGUACAAUAUGGCUGAGUGCAUGCCCUACACGCAGUCCAGGUCCAAGGGGUUGCCGAGAUCCGAGAAAGAAGAAACGUUGCAGCAGCGGCGAAGCAGAGAAAACAGACCACACCGACAAAGACUCAUCCAUCUCUGUCACCAAGCACAUCAGCGUAAACCCAGUCCUAGAACCGACCCAAAACACAAACAAUUCACGCGCCGUCCCAACUAAGUUGCCGCCGUUAGUCCCAAUCGCCAAGCCGACUCUCAGCCGAGGCAAGUCCAGACAUAUCGAAAUGCCGCCCUCGUACGAUGCAGUAGCUGCGUCCACGAUGCAAGACACCGAAUUCUUAGAAGAUUCCGACGCGGGGAGCAGUUAUCUUGAUGAUGAUGAUGACGGUCUGCGAAGCAGGGGUCAAGCGAGGGCGGAAGACAAGGAGUCCCUUAUUAAACAAUCUGGUAGGCUAUCCCCGUUGGAUCAAACUGCUCAUAGUACGUCAUCGUUACACAAAUAGUUAUUGCUUAAUGCUUGUCCAUACUUGAUGAAGUUUGUCUUCAGAAAUUUUUGUUCCAAUUUCAUAAAGCCUUUAAGCAGAAAAUACUGCUUGACAAAUUUCUUUGAUAAGCAAAUAUUGAGUGGGUACCAGUCAACAAAAUGCACAAUUAGUGUAACUUUGGCUGGUAACCUGUUUCUGAUUAGCCAGACUGUUAUGUGCUUAGCAAGUUUUUUGUGCUUACAGGCUUUAUGAAAUUGGGCCCUUGUCGCGCUGUUACCUGGACUCCAUUUCACAAAGCACCUAAUUCAUCUUGAGAUGAGUUUUCAAUCUUAUAGAGAUUUGUUUUGUGACAUAACAAUUUGCUAAGCAAUUAAGAUGGGUUUGCGCUUAAGAUCAAUAUUAACCCUUGUGAAAUUGAACCCAGUGCUGAAGGCAUGAUUUGAAUCUUAUAUGGACUAGCCUUGAUAGUCAACGCCCAUUUAACCCUUGAAUACAUAGCUCCGUUUUCUCUGUACCAAAAAGUUAUAUUUUUCAGAAUUGUUUUUAUUUAUAUUUUACUGCUACUUUGUGGUCUGCUGCUGCAAUGUUUCUCAGAAUGUGAAACAGUACUUUUUUUAAGGGCAAUGCAGACGAACCAACAUUUGAAAGUUUCAACUUCAGGAAAGGUAAGGUAAGGUUCAUUUUAUUUGCAACCACAUACGGUUUGAUUCAUUAUAAAAAAAUAAAAAAAAUUACAAAAUACAUCACAAAAGCUUUAAAAUCAUUAAACUAUGUAUUUCCACAUAUGUCUUAAUAUUAAACUGUGGGUGAUUUGGUUCAAGGAAAUAAACUGAAAAUCAAAGUUAAAUUGAACAAAGUUAAUUUUUCAAUUUAACACAAAUUUUGUUUUGAAUUUGAAAUUGUUAAACAUUGGUUACUCUUAAUUGCCCUUUAGUUUAUUUAUCUUUUAUUAUUAUAUUUUGUGUGUGGAUUACAUGUAGGUGUUAGUGGUAUUUGCAAUCUCUAAGUAUUUAUUAUCAAUAUUUUAUACACUUAAUCUUGAAAUGGGUUUUAUAAUAUCUUAAUGUAUUUUGUACUCAACUUGACGUUUUUUCCAUUCUGUACCCACUUUCAUAGAGCUUCUUGAGCAGAAAAUAUUGCCCAACAGUCAUCUGCUAAGCAGAAAUGAUCAAUGCACCAGUCCAAAUAGUAGUUUGGCUGGUAACCUUUUUCUAUCUAGUAUAUAUGUGUUGGGCUUACCUCUUUUUGUGCUAAAGCAGCUCUAUGAAAUUGGUUAAUGACCAGCUACAAAGAUGCAAUUUGUUCUCAAUUUAUAAACCCCCAUGGAAAUUGUCUGGGUACUUUGUACAUUUAAAAAUAAAUUAACGCUGCAGAACAUAAAGAAAGGAGUACAAAAUUGAACUGUGCAUCUCCUUGUGUUUUAGCUUGUAACCCUUUUCUUCUAAGCAACAUUAGUCUCUUUAAAGCUCCUCUCUGAAAUUGGCUUAAAAAGUAGAAUAUUUAUUAUAGGAGUUGUGUCUGAUACUAUCAAUCACACAAAUUUUACAUUAAAUUUCUCUUUUUAAAUAUCAGUGGUUUUUAGUGGAUCCUAUUACUUGCCACUUCUAUGUAGUCUUCAGCAUGUUCAAAUUUUGUAUCUAGAAAAGACCUACAAUAUACAUGUUUUUGUACUAUUUGCAUAUUUAAAGGUUUUAUACUCGCAGUUUUAAGAUAAGGUACAAAGUUGAGUCAAAACCUUUUGAGGGAAUGACUGAAGUCUUGCCUCGAAUCAGGUGCAAUUUUGAAUUGUCCAGGGGUCGAUUUUACAAAGAGUUACGACUAGUCCUGCCUAAGAGAUAUUAAAAACUUACGGCUAGUCUUAAGUAACUCAUCCUAACUCGAGAUAGGAUGAUAGUCCUAACUCCUUGUGAAACAGACCCCUCAUCCUUUUGCAAUCUAUUUGCUUCUUAAAAAGCAUUCAGAGAUUUACAAAAUAUUCAUGGAACAAUUUAUUAUGUAGUAUUGGCCCAAGACGUUGGUGAUCGAUAGUGUACUGCGCUCAGUUGUAAAUCGCUAUAGCACACCCUCAUACGGUAUGAUUUAACCAACUUGACUGGCUCGCAUUUAAGUCGAUCACUGACAUCUUGGGUCAAGACUAAUUAUUAUGUAGCUCAUAAGCUAUUAUAUGUUGUAAUUUUAAUAAUGUAAGGAAGGGUGUGGAAUAAUAAGGGAAUUAUUUAGUGGUGGUUUUGGGGUUGAUUUUAAUGUAGGUGGGUUGGGUUUAAACCAUGUAACGAUAAUUUUAAAUGAGUAGUUAUUCAUCAACUGAAAAACAACAAGGGAAACUUCUAACCCAAAUUUCAGGCAUUAUUCACAAGCUUUGAAGUGUGAUGUCAGGUGUUCAGGCUAGCAGAGCAUAGCCUAUUCAUAUCGCUUUACUGCAGGUCAAAGGUUACCACAAGCAUGCACCAAAGCG